AGAUUGAUACAGACUUCACAACUUCACUCGGGAGGGAGCAGCACGUUAGCAGCCGGCCGGAUAUUCCCUGACGAAUAUGACUGCCUAUUCUCCCAAUAUCACCUGUGACUCUGGCUGCUCGAGGCGAACGGCUUCUAACAUAGACAGGUCUCCUCAUCCCAUGAACACACAAGAAGAAGAACAAGAGGGGUGCAGCACCGGACCCGAGUCUGUCCUGCGACUGCGCAAAGGACACAUGCCAGUCACCUCCACAGACUCCCAGCAUGAACAGUUCGACAAUCUGUGCCCCCUCUUGGCGGACCCCCCUCCGAAUCCUGCACCAGAUAAUAACGUAGAGGAAAAUGACAGCGUUGAGGAACCGGCUCAGGAAGAUGAAGGCUUCAUGGGAAUGGCCCCUCUCCUUCAAGCCCAUCAUGCCAUGGAACGGGUGGAAGAAUUUGUGUGCAAGGUAUGGGAAGGAAGAUGGAGAGUCAUCCCCCACGACGUGUUGCCAGAUUGGCUAAAGGACAACGACUACCUGCUGCAUGGCCACCGGCCCCCCAUGCCUUCCUUCAGAGCCUGCUUCAAGAGCAUCUUCAGGAUACACACGGAGACCGGCAACAUCUGGACCCACCUACUAGGAUGUGUAUUCUUCCUCUGUCUGGGGAUCUUCUACAUGUUCCGACCCAACAUGGCAUUUAUUGCCCCGGUGCAGGAGAAAGUGGUUAUUGGAAUGUUUUUCUUGGGUGCGAUCCUGUGCCUCUCCUUCUCCUGGCUCUUCCACACAGUGUAUUGUCACUCUGAGGGGGUCUCGCGUGUCUUCUCCAAAUUGGAUUAUUCAGGCAUUGCCCUUCUCAUCAUGGGCAGCUUUGUUCCCUGGCUCUACUACUCCUUCUACUGUAACCCGCAGCCGUGCUUCAUCUAUUUGAUCAUCAUCUGCGUACUGGGCAUAGCAGCCAUCGUUGUAUCCCAGUGGGAUCUGUUUGCCACCCCCCAGUACAGAGGAGUUAGAGCAGGUGUGUUCGUGGGCCUCGGCCUGAGUGGAAUCAUCCCGACCCUUCACUUUGUCAUCGCAGAAGGUUUCCUAAGGGCGGCAACCAUGGGCCAGAUUGGGUGGCUGGUACUGAUGGCCACUCUGUACAUCACCGGAGCUGCUCUGUACGCUGCACGGAUCCCAGAACGAUUCUUCCCUGGAAAAUGUGACAUUUGGUUCCACUCCCAUCAGCUGUUUCACAUCUUUGUGGUCGCGGGAGCUUUCGUUCACUUUCACGGUGUGUCCAAUCUCCAGGAAUUCCGGUACACGGUGGGCGGGGGCUGCGCAGCUCAGGAAGUGCUGUAAAUUCCCAAACUGCCACAUAGGAGGAUACAGCACGUUCCAACCGCAAAGGAGGGGGGGGGCGGUAAGAAGCAGAAUAAAUCAUUCUCAACUGUCUGAUUUAAGAUGGAACAACGUAAAAAAAAAAAUGACAGAACCCCCCCCCCUACACACACACACAAACACACACACAAAUCCCCGGACUGUGGAACUAAACCAGCUUACCUCAACCAUUUACUUUCCAUACCAGUGUAUGGGAGUUAGUUAUUCCAGGAGGCGGAGUCACACCUUUCAUACUUUUGCUUCUGGAGUGGGUGGGGCUUUCUUUUUGUUCUCUCUCCGGCACUGACAUGGUUAAAUUAUUCCGCCACUCGAGUCUCCUCCGGUCACACCAGGCUGCCGGGGGUCUCCAGCGGGCUCUAUUUAUUUUUCAAGCUCUUUGUUCUUCUGGAGAGGGGGGCGGGGCAUCUGUAUUAUCCAGGUAUCGUUUCUUCCCCUUUAAUUCUGGUGUAAGAUUCGUUAUUUUGGGGGAUUAAAAAAAAAAACCCACAUAAACAAAACCUACAGGUCUAAGAGGGUCACUAGAUCUGGUGUAAAUAGCGAUUAAGAAGAAACUUUAUAAUAUUCUCUUAUAAGAUAAAAAAGUUAAAAAAAAAAAUUUCUAUACAUUUUUGAAAAAAUUCACGUAAAAUUCUUCCCGUAUCCCGCGGCUUCGGCACCGUACACUGUUUAUUUUAGGGGGAAAUGUUUUGCACAAGAGUGAAGGGGUUAACGGCUCCAAAUUAUACUAGUGAUCCUUAUCCACACCGGCGGUGUCCAAUCAAAGCACAGCCUUUGCUGGGUCUCCACUAAUCAGAAACAGGGGGUUGUUUGUUUCUCCAUCACCCCCAUAAGGGCAAUGGGACUUUCUUUAUAGCAUGUCACCAUCACAGAAUGUUCUACACUUCCCUGGGAAAUAGGGGGAGAAUGAGA